AUGAUGGCUCAGCGGCUAUGGAUACAAGCAGCUUCGAAUCAUCCUACAGCACUUCGGCCUCUUCCGCUUAGGCUACCGAUGCCUCGAAAAACGAUCUCUCGUUCAUCUCGACGAUCAGCGCUAGCAGAGACUGAAUGGAUUCGUCUUACCAUACCAACACCUCACGAGCCGCAUCGUCGUGGAUCAAAACUGAUGAUAUCAUCUUGU